CUCGAGUCUGUUUCUCGCGAGAAGAAGUCUGUCUCUCGUGAGAACGUGUUGUAGGAACAUUGACCAAAGCCAAGGGCUACGAUCACAUUUUUCAGUCCAACAAAAGGAGUGCCACACAGCCAAGACAGGUCGUGUGUCUCGAGUCCCUUCGCCCGGAGGAACCAACAAUACCAGACAAAGAACACACACACACACACACACACGCACUCAAAUGCGGGCGGGUUAGAAGAAGCGAGAGGCACCGUCGGGGUUUAUGCAUCCUUGUGUGUAUGUGUUUUUAGCGAGGGGGGUGGAUGGAUGGGCAUGGGGGUUGACAGGAUGGACACUUGCUGGUAGUGUGUCAAGACAGCUGUGGGGCAUCGACAGCCUCAACCAUCCAUCCGUCCCCGUGGGGUGGAUGGAUUGGAUGGGCAUGGGGUUGGUGGAUGGAUGGGCAUCUAGCUGUGUUGUCCCUUUGCACCAGCACCAGGCGACGAGAUGGGCAUUAUCGCAUGGUCCACUCAUUAUUCCGUCUUGCGGGGAACGCCAAGGGGCAUGUUGCUCGACACGACUCCCGAAACACUGGGGAAAUCUGAAUCAAGGAGGGACGGGACAUACCCACACCGACCUCAGACUUGCUUUGUGAGCUUGUCCAUGAGCUAUGCGCCUACCAGUGACUGAACUCGCUUCUUUGGGUGCAGGGCCCAGGCCAAAAGACUUCAUGGAGAAGUCGGGAGUCUCUUUGGCGGGAGCGUCAUGGCCGCCGUCGCUGCUGCUCUGCGGCUCUACCAUCGACUUCAACUCAUCAUCACUGGUUUGUGAAGCACGUGGGGGCAGCGGCUCGAGACGGACGUUUCUCGAUAUUUGGUGCUUUCUUCUCCCCUCACCCCGCGGCCGACCGCCCUGAUAUAAACACAAGCACAUGCAUACGGGCAAGACGACACGGCGACCUUUCUUGUGUUUCUUUCUUUGAUGGCGUUUAUAUGCACACAUGCAGUGUGCACACCUGGGAAAGGGGUCUGUCGCUUGUUGAUUCAUCCGAUGCUCGGCCGUAGCUCGUGUGGGUGCUAGUCAGUUUAGGAGGCCACACGGAAAGUGACACGGGCUCAAUGAUGCCCCCAUCCUCAGGCACCCGAGGACUUGGCGAGACCGAACGAGAGUCUGCAUUCAUUCGAACGGUAUCUGGUGGCGCGUAGGAUCCGUGCAUUUGUCAACUCACCUGUUCUGCUCCGUCUGCCAGGUAUUUGUUGGUCAGCCGGAUGGGCUGUCCGCAUCAGGUAGGCUCCGGUUGGAGGGGGCGGGGUUGGAGCCGAAGCAGGCGGGACUAUCACGACAGGUCCCUCACUGGCUGAACUUUCAUCACUUUCUUCCGCCUUUCUUUGUCUGUAGGCAUGGUGAACUAGAUCCGGAAGCUGAAUUCUCCUUUGCCUGAGCCAUCGAUCCAUACAGUGAUGAUUCCUUCUCAUUGCCGCAAUCCUUACGUCAGAGAGAAUUGCGGCAAGGCCCACUUGUCCCUGUCUUCGUCAAAUCUGGCCUGUGCCACGAUCUUUUUGAGGUCUCCGGCCGACAGAAUGUGCUGCACUAUCUGGAUGUGCAGCUUCAGCUGACGGGACUGCUCCCUGAGCGUCGACCCACCAGAGACAUGAGCACAUUAGACGGCUCUCGAUCGACAUCAACAUGUCCAGCCUGAUGGUUUCCAACCUGAUCGUCUCUUGAUACGCCUCUCGCUCAUCCUCAAAUUCACGUUGAAGAUCCGUGACCUCGGACUUCAUCUGCUUGUAUCUUGUUCGAAGCUUGCGGAUAACUUGCGUCUUCUCCGCCAGCUCAUCUUGCAAGGUUUUAUGCUGACGGUCUGCCAUCAAAGCCGCCUCCUCGGCCGCCUCCUUUUCUUCCUUCAUACGCUUGGUCAUCUGCAUGCAGCAUGGUGACAUACGCAUGCAUCCAAUAGGCAGUCACAAGGCGCACCUGUUUUUGUCUCUUCAUCUUGCUUUUCAUGUCCAGCAACGCUUUUUCAUCACUCUGGCCGGUGACGACCUGGUGCUCCAGAGAGCCUAUCAACGCUUCCAGCUUCUCUCUCUGUUCUCGCUCAGACUGCGCCAUCUCCUGCAGCUUCUUUUUCUCCUCUUCCAACUUCGCCCUCUCCUCCUGCAGCACGGCAUCCGUUGGCACAGCAGCAGGCCUUGACUCAAGGGGAGAAGAGAUCCCAUCGAGAAGGAUCUCAUAAGUUCCGUCCUGCUUUCGCAAAAUAAUCAAAGAGAAAGACCAGUUCUCCUUUUGCUCCAGGUGACACGUCUUCUUCCGCGUACAUCCGUAUCAUCCGCAUUGUCGCUGGCAGCGGUCCUGGCCGGCUCCUGGCCCGGUCUUCUGACCUGGAAGGGCGCGUCCACCACUUCCAUCACUUCCAUUAAGCGAUCUCCUUUUUGGGCGUUCCGAUCGCUCAUCUGCAUGCGAGGCGAACCAAGUGGGGAACCGGGAGGCGCACGCACAGCGCACCUUGAAUGAGACCUGCGCUCCUGUGUCCUGCUGUACGAAUGCCCCUCCAGCGUGCACGCUCAGCAACUCCUGCAUGCAUCAUUAUGUAUCCAUCUGCCGUUCGUCUGUGUUGUAUGUGCUUGUACGCACCUUCAAACGCUUGACUUCCUCCUAACAGAAGGCGCAUAAAAAUGCAACAAAAGAGAGAAAAAGAGAUGAUCGAUCAGUCUGGCCCAUACCCUGCUCCUCGCUUUCCCCAAAACUGUACCUGGAGCUCGCGAAGCAGAGCGUCCUUGGGGUCUUCAUUGAUGACGGGUUUGUUCUUGAUGCUCUUGGCACGAUUGGCAUACCUGAGCGUCGGCACAGCCCCACUCCCUUCCGGCUGCCUCGGCCAGGGUGUAUCCACCUGAGUGUUGUGAGUGUCUCGUCAUCUAUUGAGUGCGGGGAAGGAGGGGAGAAAUAGGAGACACAGAACGGGGACAAUGACCUAUGCGUAAAGCCAUUAUCGAAGCAGAGACAUACAGUUCGUGUGAGCCGGUGAAAUUGCAGCCACAAUCACAGUGCGAGUGUUGCCUGCAUGGAUACACUCCCACAUGGAGGAGACAUGGGUGAAAGAAGUCGAACGCCAGCCACUAACCUCCCAAGCUGUCUUGGAGUAAACGCGUAAGCUUCGAGUCCCGAUAAGGAAUGUGACUCGACUUGCCUGAGGUAGACGCAUGGAUGCCAGCUUGAUUGGAAUUCACCGCAGUUUAUCUUUUCAGACCGUCGACCAAUGCCGAGCUAAACGUACGCACACAGAAAGAUCUCAUUACUACAGGCAUCGAGACAAGGCCUUUCUGUGCCUGUACAUGCAGUUGCCUAGGGCUGAGAGCGAGAGAUUUAUCUUUGUCGCCUCCCUCAAUCUGAAAAAGAGUAUCAGGUUGAAGGAUGCAGAAGACUGAGAGGAAGACAGUACCUGUCUCCACUAGCCCCCGUCUUCGACUGCCUUUCAGAGCCAGCCAGAUCAACUGAAAGAAACAGGGACGCGCUUGUCGUGUGCAAGUGGCAAGGGUGGUGAAACCGGCCACCGAGAUUCAGCUUCCCAGCGGUUAGGUGUUCAUCUCCCGUGCUGUCCCUUGUUGCGCGUUCGAUAUAGAUAGCAAAGAUCGCAUGUGAGCGAGACGAGUCCCUGUUCAUGAGCGUGGAGCCUACAGCAGACAGACAGAUAGCAAAGAAAGAAGCAGACUCGGAGAGCUGCACGCGACGCCGCGCAGACUGUCCUCAAUAAGUUACCUGUUGUUCGAUUCCUGUUUCCUUGAAACAACAAUACAGCAAAGGAAAAACAUGUUUCUGCGCCUUUCUGUUUGGACAUGUGAAUACCACGUCUCAUGCACUCUUCGAUCUCGUAUUUGCUUUUCAUUACAGGCUUGCACAGGUCCUUCACAAAGAUGCCUGGCAGAUAUGUCAAGCCAGGCGCAAUCUUUUAGUGUUCGGGGCUCUCGUCCAGAGCCUUCACAGCUUCGCUGACCCUGAUCUGUGGAUUCUUUCAGCUCCAGUUUUCUCGUUGGGUCCGCGGCCAGCAAAUCCCUGAACGAUUCCUUGAUUAUUAAUUUAUCAUGUACCUAAACGCCCACUCUGCAGCUCACCUGAUCUCCUCGUUAUAGAUCUAAUGUUGUUGUUGUAGCAAAAGGAUACUACACAAUAGAGGUAUGUUACUAGUUUGGUAGGCACACAUACCUCCAGAUAUGAGCAUACGAUGAGGAAGCUGCAAAAGUUGCGAAACAACAUAUUCGUACGUGCGCACAAUUCUUUGAGCUCACGUCGUGUCUUGAUCAGCCGAUUGAAUGGAUAAGAAAAUAUGUUCGAAAGAAUUCGGUAUGAUACCACGCUGGCGGAUUUCGCAAAGAUUCGCAUAGUGAGACACCAACUGCAGCGAUCGACAAUUACCAGGUCUGGGUCGUCGGGAAUCCCUUCCAUCGUAUGUGUUUUCCUAAGGAUGCGACAUGGCCCAUCCCUUACUUAUGUUCGUGUUUAAUCUUACUCACCCACAACCUGAUCACCAGAUUAAUGUGAAAGACAGUUUGAGAAGGCUCUCGUGUGUAUUCUGCCUUUCUCACCCGUCUGCCCGUAGGCGAAGAUCGUCCCGUUGUACCCCUCCUGAACUUUAAAUCGGAACAAUGUUCAUUUUAGUGUGGAGUCGCAUAAUUCACCUCACCAGUGUCGACUCCACGAUCGACAGCGCCACCUGAGUUUCGACAAAGCCCCGCGGAGAGAGGACGAACAUUCGUGUAGUGUUGAAGUGUUGAAGGAUUACCUCAUCGUAUAUUGCUACAGUGACAACGGAAUUAUCGAGAGACGCAAGACCGUUUGACUGGGCAACGCGAACCAGUCGAGUGUGGGAACCUACCUCGCUGUUUGGCAUCCGUAUCAUACACUUGAUCAAAUGUGAAAGCCUGAGGCCACACUCACGACGCAUGGUCAACGACAAACACAUCCAGCACGCAGACCUUUGGGGGCUCGUUUGCUGCGUCUCUGGUCAGAGUGAUUUGACCGAUGGAAGUAUCGAUAUUGACUAUCCUGCAAGCGCAGGACAGAGGGAAAGACGGGCCUCAAUGUGUCGUCCACACAUCGGCGUUUGUGACCUCUUUACCCUUUACCGUUUGGCGCCUUCGCUCUGCUCCCUAGCGUUCAAAGGUCGGCAUCUGACGACGACUUUGACAUUUUCGCUCGCCAUGCCCGUCGCAGAGUGGGUGAGUGCAGGUAGAAAUGGAGUUAAAUUCCGUCCCGUUGAGCGCGGGGGAGGCGCAGGUCUCUCCUGAUCAACUUGAAAUCUCGCAG